AUGGCACCAUUAAAAGAUUUCAUAACCAAAUUCUCCGAUUUCAAGAACAACAAGAAACUCGUACUCUCCUCUGCCGUCUUACUCUUGCUGUUAUUUGCCGCCGUCGUUGGAAUCGCCACCACAAAAGCAAACCAAAACACAAACCAAAAACCCACAACCCUCUCCCCAAUAUCACACGCCGUUUUAAAAUCCGUUUGCAGCUCAACUCGUUACCCGGAGCUCUGUUUCUCCGCCGUGGCAUCCACCGGCAAAAAGCUGGCGUCACAUAAAGACGUCAUCGAAGCGUCUCUGAACCUAAUUACAAACGCCGUGCAACACAAUUACUUCGCCGUCAAGAAACUGAUAGCGAAAAGGAAAGGCUUGACGGCGCGUGAGAAAACGGCGCUUCACGAUUGUUUGGAGACUACCGAUGAGACGUUAGAUGAUCUCCACGUGGCGUUGGAGGAUCUUCAUCAGUAUCCAAACGGAAAAUCUUUGAGGAAACAUGCCGAUGAUCUGAAAACGCUAAUCAGCUCAGCCAUUACCAACCAAGAGACUUGCCUUGACGGCUUCUCCUACGACAACGCUGAUCGGAAAGUUCGCAAGGUGUUACAGAAGGGCCAGAAUAAAAACAAAAAUGUAAUUGAGAGCUUACCAUUCAAGCGAUCAAAACAAGUACACGUGGAGCAGAUGUGUAGCAACGCACUAGCAAUGAUCAAGAACAUGACAGAGACCGACAUAGCCAACUUCGAGCUAAAAGACAAGUCCACCUCCACCAACAACCGCAAGCUCAAAGAGGUUACAGGCGACUUCGACGGAGAAGGAUGGCCAAAUUGGUUAUCUGUUGGAGACAGGAGGCUUCUUCAAGGGCCAACGGUGAAGGUAAACGCCACGGUGGCGGCUGAUGGAAGCGGUGACUUUACGACGAUUGCUGCCGCGGUAGCGGCGGCGCCGGAGAAGAGUAAUAAGAGGUUUGUGAUACAUAUCAAAACAGGAGUUUAUAAAGAGAAUGUGGUAGUGACAAAGAAGAAGAAGAACAUAGUGUUUUUGGGAGACGGGAGAGGGAAAACUAUCAUCACCGGAAGUAGAAACGUCGUUGACGGAAGCACCACUUUCCACUCCGCCACCGUUGCUGCCGUCGGCGAGAGAUUCCUAGCGCGUGACAUCACUUUCGAAAACACGGCGGGUCCGUCGAAACAUCAAGCGGUGGCUCUCCGGGUCGGGUCGGAUUUUUCCGCUUUCUACAAUUGCGACAUGUUAGCUUAUCAAGACACACUCUACGUUCACUCGAACCGUCAAUUCUUCGUCAAGUGUCACAUAGCUGGAACCGUCGACUUCAUAUUCGGAAACGCAGCCGCGGUUUUACAAGACUGCGAUAUAAACGCACGCCGGCCAAACUCCAACCAGAAAAACAUGGUAACGGCUCAAGGCCGGUCCGACCCGAAUCAAAACACUGGGAUUGUGAUUCAGAACUGUCGGAUUGGUGCCACGUCGGAUCUUUUGGCCGUGAAAGGAAGUUUCAAGACGUAUCUUGGUCGUCCUUGGAAGGAAUAUUCGAGGACGGUGAUAAUGCAAUCGGAUAUCUCCAAUGUGAUCCAACCCGAAGGAUGGCUCGAGUGGAGCGGAAGUUUUGCGUUGGAUACUCUGACUUAUAGAGAGUAUUUGAAUAGAGGAGGAGGGGCUGGAACUGCAAAUAGAGUAAAGUGGAAGGGCUUUAAGGUGAUUUCGAGUGCUACAGAGGCUCAGCAAUUUACGGCGGGUCAAUUUAUUGGUGGUGGAGGCUGGUUAGCGUCGACCGGUUUCCCUUUCUUGCUAAGUCUUUAAAUUAAAAAAAACAAAUUGAGUGAUUAUUUUGUCUUCCAUUAUCAUAUUAAUCAAUAAAGAUUUGGUUUAGUAGAUUUGAAACUUACUCCCGUAGAAUUAAGUUAUGUACCUAACUAUCUACACAUGUGUAUCAAUAUUAUGCUGAAUUCAAAUUAGGUUCA